AUGAAGGCCGUCGCGGCUUUGCUUUGUGUGUCACUCGAGCGGGGCAUGACCUUGACGACGCGAGAAGUAGCCGAAGACGGAGUCAGCGUCAAUGCCAGCCCAGACGAAUCAGAAGAGCAUGACCCAGAGGACAUCGAGGUGCUGCAGUGGAUGGGUACAGAUGGGAUGGCGAUUGUCGAGAAGGAGAUCGCCGCUGGGCAUGCCGCCCUCUCGAGCAGCUUGCAGGCCAUGGGCGAGCUAUUCGGUGCUCGGAAGAGCGGUGUGAAACCGAUGCCGGUCUCUACGAUCUGCGAGACGAUCGGCGUCGACACGCACGCUUGUGGAAGAGUCGAGGAGUACCUGGGCCGCCUCGCCAACGUUACGGACAGGGUGUCCGUGAAGGUUCCGAAGUUUGCAAGAAGCGUUCCCUGCGACGUCCUGUUUGCAACCAGCUUGAGCGAUCUAUGUAAGCUUCCCGCGAGCGUCCCUGCCCAGGUCUACAGGGCUGACAUCUGCAAAGCCUUCGCUUCUGCUCCGCAGGCCAUUGGAGAGGGGCAUGCGCUCUUCAAGUUUGGCGACAGAAGGGAUGCGAGUGCGUGCUAUCCCACCUUCUACAAAACUCGUCUCCUGAAGAAACGUGACGACAACUACGUUCUCUUGGAUUUGAAUCACGGGCGGCAUUGGGGUCCGAUGAAAAAGGUUGCCGACGCUGACAUUCCAUGGGCUUCCAAAAACGCGACGCUAGUCUGGCGAGGGGUGUCGACUGGCAAAUGCGAUACUGGUGCUAAGAACUCGCGCAUGAUGCUCUGCAAGAAGUGGUACAACUCUACGGACUCCAGAAUUGACGUUGGCAUGACCGAUGUCGUCCAAAAUUGCCACUUGGCGAGACGGUACAAGAAGCAUGGGAUGUCCAUGAAAUCCUUGCUCACAUCAAAGUAUCAUCUCCUUGUGAACGGGAACGACAAACCUUCUGGCUUAAACUGGGUGUUGCUUUCAAAUUCCGUCCCAUUCAUGGUCGAGCCUGACAUUGAGAGUUGGCUAUUGGAAGCAUCUUUGAAGCCCUGGGAGCACUACAUCCCAAUCAAACCAGACUUCUCAGACCUCAGCACGAAGGUCGACUGGGCGGUGCAGAACGACGCCGAGGCAGAGCGAAUCUCAAAGGCGGGUCAGGAGUACGUCCAGCAGUUCGGGACCACUGCGGAGGAGAUGGCCGUACAGGCAGCGGUCCUGGCCGCGUACAUCGACCGCAUGGAUAUCGCAGACGGCGGGGUCAGUGUCAAGCUCGAGGGCACCUGCCAACUCGACGGCCAGUGA